GAGCAAAUCCACACAAGCCCUCCCCCUCUCUCUCCCCUCUUUCUCGGUGUGAGUCACAACAGAGCGAGAGAAAGAAAAAAAAAGAUGGAGAUGGCCAUCGACACGCCAUCGCCGUCGCCGUCCGUCUCGCCGGCGCCGUCGGCGGCGGCGGGCCGGCAGACGGGCGCGGCCGAGUCGGUGCGGCUCGAGCACCAGCUGGUGCGUGUGCCCCUGGAGGCCCUCAGGGCCACCGCCCGCACCAACCACCGACUCGCCGAGAAGGAGAUCGCAGCCGUCCUCUCCUCCGCCUCUUCGGCCGCCGCUCCCCCCGGAGAAAGCGGCUCCGCCGCCGCCGUCGACCACCUCACCUCCCUCGUCUCCCGCCUCCACGGCCUCAAGCGCAAGAUGGAGGAGGGUGCGAGGGCGGAGGAGCUCCAGGUGCAGAGGUGUCGUGCGCGACUGGACCGGCUGGCCGCCGCCAGUGCCGGUGACGACGCCGAGUGGGAGGAGAUACGUCUGAAGCGCAUCCUAGUUGAUUACAUGCUCCGGAUGUCCUACUACGACACCGCCACCAAGCUCGCCGAAACCUCUGGCAUUCAGGACCUCGUUGAUAUUGAUGUUUUUCUUGAUGCAAAAAGAGUGAUUGAUUCUCUUCGGAAUAAGGAAAUAGCUCCUGCUUUAGCUUGGUAUGCAGAAAAUAAGUCCCGGUUAAAGAAAUCAAAGAGUAAGCUCGAGUUUUUACUGCGGCUUCAGGAGUUUGUGGAACUAGUCAAGGCUAAGAACUUCCUGCAGGCUAUAUCAUAUGCUCGGAAAUACCUUGCUCCCUGGGGGUCUACCCACAUGAAAGAAUUGCAGCGUGUUACGGCAACACUGGUUUUUAGAAGCAGUACAAACUGUGCUCAAUACAAGGUCUUAUUUGAGCAAAAUCAGUGGGAUUCUCUUGUGGAUCAGUUUAAGCAAGAAUUCUACAAACUAUAUGGCAUGACGCUUGAGCCGUUGCUAAACAUCUACCUGCAAGCAGGCCUGACAGCUCUCAAGACUCCAUUCUGCUUUGAGGGCAACUGCCCCAAAGAAGACCCCUUGUCACUGGACGGCUUCCGGAAACUCGCAGAGCCGCUGCCCUUCUCAAAGCAGCACCACUCGAAGCUUGUCUGCCACAUAACCAAGGAACUGAUGGACACCGAGAAUCCGCCGCUUGUCCUGCCUAACGGCUACGUGUAUAGCACCAAGGCCCUUGAUGAGAUGGCCAAGAAGAAUGGGGGCAAGAUCAUAUGCCCAAGGACAGGAGAAGAAUGCAACUACACCGACCUUGUCAAGGCUUACAUCUCAUGAUCAUGGUGACCCCUUCGUAGCUCGUCUUGGGUGAUGGAUGAUUGAUGAGAAUUGCCAGUCUGGAUGUACAUAGAAUGAAUGGAUGGAUCUGAACAUUGUCGUGCGGUUAUUUUGAGUUGUAGUGCAAAGCAAAAGAACCCACCGAAAUUGAAACCGCAGAUUGCACUUUUCCAUCGGUUAAUUUUCCUGGUUGAAUGGAUGAAUUUCUGCCGAAUUUAAACA